CUUUAUCAGUAGCGGUGAGUCCACAUCCGGCAUUCUUAUGUGAAAAUAUAAGACAUAACCUAGCCUACUUGUUUUUAUACAGUAAUUACAAUGCAAUCGUGUUUUCCAGCGUCGUAGUAUCCUGGAUUCUAUUGCGUGCCGGUGAUUUAAUAGUGGAUAAAUCCUUUAGUGCAGGGCGUAAGUUUGUGGCGUAGUUUUUGUUUUCGUACCAGUUAUAUGCAAUGAGCCAAAGCCCAGGAUCUGUCAGUAAGAUGCUGGCCAAUUUAAAAGUCUCCUCUUCAUAUCUAAACGCGCACAUGGUGGGGACCGGCAUGACGCCAGCGCCUUACGCAGCCCAGUUCGCCCAGAACGGCGAGGCAGCGGGCCCACUGAAGGCUGCCGAAGCGGGCAAGGAGGCCCCCGUGGUCCCCGGGCCCCCCUUCUCACCACCCCCAGCCACCCUCCCCCUCAACGGGAUCGAGCAGCAGACCGUCAGCAUAAAGGACCCCCCCAGGCUCUUCGUCGAAACAAUGUUGUCUCCUAUGGAAGAAGCUCAUCAAUUCGACGGUGUGUUACAGCAGACGGAGCCUGAAGCAGGAGAAGCUGCCACGACCAAUGGCUCGACGACUGCCGUCGCACCUCCCAACAACCUGGCUCUGGCCGUCAUGUCAGACCAAGCUAAGAGCCAAGCCAAGCGACUCCACGUCAGCAACAUCCCCUUCCGCUUCCGAGACCCCGACCUGAGGGCAAUGUUUGGGCAAUUUGGUCCAAUUCUUGAUGUAGAAAUCAUUUUCAAUGAACGGGGGUCGAAGGGAUUCGGUUUUGUAACAUUCGCAAAUAGCGCAGACGCGGACCAAGCACGGGAGCGACUACACGGCACCGUGGUUGAGGGGAGAAAAAUAGAGGUGAACAAUGCAACAGCUCGUGUUCAAACAAAGAAACCACCUGCACUACCCAAUGUCUGCGUCCAGUGGCCUGAGGGUAGGUUGGACCUUACGCUCCCACCACUUGCACUUGAUACCACCGCAGCGCUACGCGGAGUGGCGAUCCAGCGAGGCCGUGCGCGAGCCGGUGCAGCAGCCUUCCCCGCAGCAGCCGCCGCAGCUGCAGCAUUCGCUAGACACCCGUCUCCGCUGACCGCCGCCACUGCGCUACAUGGAUAUACACCUGGGAUGUACUACGACCCAUUCCUGGCAGCACACGCAGCCACCGCAGACCCGAACUAUAGGCUGCAGGCCGCAGCACCCGCAGCCGAGGUGGCAGCAGCCGCAUCACCAUUAUUGAAAGCUCCACUGUCGACGGCAGCGCAGCAGGCGAGCUAUGCCUCUGCCGCAGCGUACACCGCAGUAGCCGCACGUGCGUAUAACGCAGCAGCUGCAGCCGCACAGCCCGUCGCAGGAUACACAGUCGCGGGGUAUGGCCGUGACUAUGCAGACCCUUAUCUAGGACAUGGAAUCGGGCCUAUGGCUGGUUAUGGAGCUGCAGUUUACAGAAGUGGGUACAACAGAUUCGCGCCGUACUAAGCACCGAAGACCGUGUAAGCGGCGUGGCGCAACGCUCUCCACAGAUGUGCACAACGUCAACUAGUUACCUGAACUCCCCGUGGCGUGGCGCUAGGUCACCGUUAUUGUUCCGCGCGAGACUGGACUCUGUGGAGGGAAUGUGAGAACACCAAAUUUAGUUGCAGACUCGACUCCCACCCUAUUCCAUGUACUAAUUUAACCUAUUUAUUGCUAAAAAUUAAUCAAAUACCCCUUAAUUUUUAUCUGAGUGUUUGUCUGUAAAUAUAACAUUAUUUUUUUUAUAAAUAGAAGAAUCUCAGAUAGUGUUAUACAGAUGUAGUUUUAAUGUAAUUUUCUCUUUUUUAUAUAAUAUAAUAUAUAUGUUGUAUUAACAAUGAAGAUGAAAAGACGUACAAUCAGAGGGUAGGUGACUCUUCUACCGAAAUUCAUUAAGAAUACUCCUCCCAACAUCCAUGACUUGUGUACUGUAUUUAUUUGUUUAUUUAAGUAAUCUGUCUUGUCCUGACCAGUAUUGCGCUGAGUGCUGGGCUUGGGGAGUCGUGCUAAGCAAAGAGACUUUUUGCCUUCGAUCUUUGGAAGAAAAAUGUACCGAAAGUCUUGCAUUUUUAGUAUUAGUAAAUUGUUAAACGUGUAUUCAAGAAUAUUAUGUACGGCUCAGCUUCAUUAAACUUACCUAACAUUAAACAAAUGUUUUCAAAGCAAUUAGUUGUAAAUUUAGAUUUAUUACGUUGCUUAGUAAAAUUUGAAAGGUAAACAUUUCACAUCUUCCAAAUCUCUUGCUGUCCAAAAUUGUACAGCGAUAUUUAAUACUUUUGAAUUAUAUAUUUAACAAAUUCUUCACGUAUAACAUCACAGUUUUCAACCCAGUGAGAAUUUGUUUUUGAAAUAAUUUAAUUCAAAAUAAUUGUAAUGUUACAUAAAAUUGUAAUAACUAUAAACAAAUUGUUUCUCAAAAAUAAAAUAAUAAAAUUAGAAGUUUUGAUUACAGCCUAUCAAUUGAAGAUUAAAGAAAGUAACUUAAUCCAAAGGUACCUUUUUCUUCCUGUUUUGCUAAAGUAUUUUUUUAUUAUUUAAUAGCCAAUUGGUUAUUAUAUUAGCCAUGCUAAGUGAAUUCUGUUCUCUCUUAUGAAUAAAAUUGAUGGUAAACAUUUUUAUAAAGUUUCAAGAACAUGUAAAUUAGAUCAGUUUGUAAAUGUAUUUAUAUUUUUAUUGUUUUACUAUUUUUAUUUCGUUUAUUUUAUUUGCAAUCAAACAAAUUAGUAAAUAAUUGUAUAAUUUAUUUCAACACCCUCCUAUCUUCUGUUUGCUUAAUGUGUGUUAAGUUUUUUACAUUUAUAUUAUUUAUUCUAUUAGGUUUAUAAAUUUGACAAUGUAAUAGUAAGCUUAUCAAUUUGAAUAUCUUUGAGUAAUUAAUUAUUUAUUAUCAAUCAUUGCAGUGAUUCCUUAAUGAUUUAUAUUUUAAUGGAUCUCGAUUAUAACUGUGUUAUUUCUAUUUGGAGGCUUUGAAUUUUAAAUUACUUUUCAAUGCUUUUUCAUCAUUGGUGUUUUAAUUAUAUUUUUAUAGAAUAUUUAAUAUUCUUAUUUAAAUCAUCAAUUACAAUUACUGAACUUAAAAUUAACACUAAACAAUUUAUAUCAAAACAAAUUUUGAAGCUUUGAAAUCAUCUGUCAACAGUAGAAUUUCUUACAGAUUUAUACUAAUUGUUUUUACAGUAAAAGUUUUAUUUCAUAGUUAAAAAAAAGAGCAAGCUAUUGAUUGAAACAAAUUUAACGAACAAUUUGUGAUCAAAUUAUAUAAUACGUAAUUAGAGGUGUUUUGUAUUGUUUUAGAGCAAUGUUAUAGUUAAGAGCUUUUGAACAAAUAUUAUGGGUUAUUUUAGUUUUUAAAAUGUACGAGGACAUUGUUCAUAAAAUUUAAUUUUCUAAAAUUAAAUAUUAAAUUUAACAUGUAGCUACAUGUUCAUGGCAUGUCAGUGGCUAGUAUUAUUAUGUGUAUUGUAUCACAAAAAUAGUUUUUUUACUUUCACCUGAAUAAUUAAAAAAAUUAUUGUUAAGAACCUUAAUGUUUUAAAAUUAACUAAGUAAAAUAAAAACUGUAGCAACAUGAACAUGUUGUUAUUUUUGUAAUUUCAAAUAUUUUUGACAUGCAGUAGUAAAACUCAUGGUAUCAGUAAAAAGGAUAAGGAGGUUAGUUUCUUUGUUUACCAUGUGACUCGUGGCUGUGGGAUCCUGUGUUUAUCACGACGCACAUAUCUCUAAGUUAAGACGGAGGCUCUCUGUACGUACCAGUGUGCGUGUGUCAGUGCGUGUGUGUGCUAGAACUGUGUAGCUUUGUGUGCGAGUGUUCUGUUAUGUUCGGGCACAUUGAAGUUACGUUACGUUUGUAAAUAAUUAUCUCACAGAUUCCUGUCUUAAACGUGACGAACUCUGCUGUCCAUCUCCCUUCUAUAAAUAGCCUAGUAAAUAUAUAUAUAUAGUGUUACUGUUAGACAUAGAGUCUUUUAUAUUAGAAUACUUGUAUUAUAAGUCCCACUGUUCUCUAGCGUAGUAACAGUUAAUUUUAGAUCUUUGAUUAGAUUAUGUAUAGUUAUUUUCAUGUAAUGUCCGAGGAAUCUCGUAUGGGUAAUUGAUAUUAUAUGUUGUGGCAUUCAUAAACCAAAGACUUGAACAAUAUUUGUGCUCAAUUAAAUACCCUGUCUCAGUGAAUGUUGGUUGUGUCUGUAACGCAGAAGGCGUGUGGGCACAUCUUUGGCAGCUCCGUACUUUGUUGUAAAUAGCCACAGGAGCAUAUCAUAGACCACCAUUAAUGUAAAUACAGUAAACUCCGCUGGAAAUGUCUCAUUGUGAUCUUUAGGUUAUGAGUAAAUACUAAAGAUCGUAAUGUUAUCCCAGCUAAAUCCAUGGCAGUGCUUUUUAAAAUAUAAAUUAAAAAUUUUCUAUUUUGUGUCACUAACAAUUUCUGAAAACAACGUAAGCAAAUAAUUUUGUAAACUCAAAAUAAUUCCACGUUAUUUUAUUAUUGAAGUAAUACAGUCAUUUUUAAUAACCUUAGUUGUAUUUAUUUGUACAUUAUAUCUGAAAAGUUGUUUAUUCAUACAUUUGAUCCGCUUAAUUUUAGGCAAGUAUAUUAUCAAAUUGUCUCAUAUUUUUGAAGUUAAACAAUACAUUUUUAAUGUCAAACCUUAUUAAACUGAUUAAAUAACGUGGUUGAAUUAUUCUGAACAUUCAGCUGCAGAGAUUUUGAGUUGUUAUAUAAGUUCUAAAAUAGCCAUAAAAUAAUGACCACAUCUUAACCAGUUUACUACUUCUAUUGGUUUAUGUUAUAGUCUGUUGUGUUUUCUGCUUAUGCUUUUAUCCAAAGUGUUAAAUUUGAAGCCCAAACAUAGACGAAGCCACUUGAUAUUAAUAAGUCUUCCGUUACGGCACAAGUGAUGCUCUUCGCACAUUAGUUUUAUCGUGACAUUUUGUGAUUUUAGUUACUGUACGUUAUUUAGCACAAACAUGAUCUGAUAUUGUGGUCCUAUGUACAAAGUCUAUCUAUCCCUGUACUUGCCACACACCAUCUUUUAUGUGUAUUCCAUACUUAUUAUGACAUUAAAUACUUUAAAACAUUAA